UGCGAUAUAAGAGAACAAUUAAAACUUACGGAGGGAACGGAAUCGACGCUCAAUUCAACACUCAUUCCUAGGCUUUACAUUGGGUUCUAUUAUAAGAAAAUAACUGAUCUAAAACCUGAUCUCAAAGUAUUAGUCGUCAAACCGGAGCCAAAACACACCGUCCAUACAAAGCCAGUGCCGACCACUGGACACACAUUAGACCAGAAAUAUAUUGAGAUUUGCGAUACGAGUAGUGAUGAAAACAUUGGACUUGAAAUAGUGGCUGAAUAUCGGCGCCACAAUUGCGACCAAUCAUUGACCAGACAUACGACUGACGGCCAGUGUCUGCCAUUUGCAAAGUCUAAAGUGACAGUCAGUGUUGAUAUCAAAACAGUGACACCGGCGGAGACACUUCAGGCGCCCAUUCCUAUGGAUACUACAGUAGCUGAUGAUCGACUUGUAGAGCCCACGACUGGCCCACCGGUGCACUCAAUCACUGAUCCAAACAACAGCGAUAGUGCCGUUGGUUUAGCACAAAUGGACGCCGACAUCGAUAACAGCGGUGACUCUGACCCCAUGUUUGGCCAUUUCAGCGACGACUCGCUUUCCGACGACACGUUUUGCGAAACACGUUUCGCGGCAUUGAUGGACAGGACGGCCGCCUAUUGCGCCGACUUUAAGCCACUGAUCGGCGCUGUGAGCGAUACUGAUAGUAUUUCUAAUAUCCCCUCCACUGACCCAACACUGAUCGAUGUUAAGCCUCUGCUAACGUAUCCGAGUCUACAGACAGUCGGUGUCAACAGAAAUGGGGACCAAGAAGUGGCCGUCGAGUCAAAAAUGGUGCAAACGAUGUAUGAAUACAAAUGCGAUUUCAAGGGCUGUUACGCUAUGUUUGUCACCGAAGAGAUACUCGAGAAGCAUAAACACGUCCACCAAAACCGGUGUCCGUACUGUCAGUGCGAGCGGAGGGUUGAGUCCGAACGGCUUCCCGACGAUAAUCGGCUCAAAGCGAUAGACGUACGGGAGCCGCCCAUUCACGCCGACCGCCACAUACCGGUGCCCCCGAACCCGACUGAAGAGUUACAUGUGUUGAGCGCCGAACCAUUGACUGAGCCGUUGUCACAGCCGGUGCCGGACUUUCAGGAUGAGCACACGUGGUAUUUGGACACAAAUACUGUCGAAGAAGUGGCUAUUAAUGAAGAGAUAGUCGGUGGGAACAGUGGUCAAGAGUUGAGCGCACAAUUGACGGCACCGGCGGAUGUGGUGGACAGUAGUGACCAAUUAGUUUCCAAUACAGACAGUGACUCAACAAUCAUCUCUGACCACAAUGGCGAAGAAGUGACCAAAAAGUCGAUUCCGGAGAAUAUCGGUCCACAAAGGGGCCGACACUUAGCGCGCGGGCACUACAGGCGCCACAAAAAGCGUUUACCGGACGAUCGCAGCGACGACUCCAACGAUUCGGACACUAAUAGCGAUUUCGACGGCAAUAGUGACCACUCAUACGGUUUAAGGCGAGACGUGUCUAAACGCAUGGCAUCUAAAACUAGUGAAAACAACGGAUCCACAGUCUCUGUGGACAACACAUCCAAUGCGUACGCAUUUUACAUAUUCAUGUACUUUAAAAAACUAAUCCAUAUUUUAUUACAAAACAGUGUCGAAAGCGCCGAUAGUUUUGGUGGAAAUACUGAUACAAUUCCACACAAACCGACGCAUUCGGGAGGAAAACAAUUUGUUUGUGAUUUUAAUGAUUGCCACAAAAGUUUUACAACAAAUUCUAAUUUAUUUCAACACAAAAGUUAUGUUCAUUUGAAUGAAAGGAAAUUCAAAUGUAAUGAAAAAAAUUGUGGCAAAAAAUUCCAAUGCAGUUCACAUUUAAAUUCACACAAACGCAUACAUUCGAGAGAAAAACCAUUUGUAUGUGAUUUCAAUGAUUGCCACAAAAGUUAUAAAACAAAUUCGGAUUUACUUAAACAUAAAAAUCGUGUUCAUUUGAAUGAAAGGAAAUUCAAAUCUAAUGAAAAAAAUUGUGGCAAAAAAUUCAAUACAAAUUCCGAUCUAAAUCAACACAAACGGACGCAUUCGGGGGAAAAACAAUUUGUGUGUGAUUUCAAUGAUUGUAAAAAAAGUUACAAACUUAAAGGCGAUCUCAAAAAGCAUAUAAAUAGCAUUCAUUUAAAUGUAAUGAAAAAAUUG